GGGGCGCAUAGAGGAGAGCUGGUGCGCGCUCUUGGUCCACUUUUACGCAUCACUAACUUCUCAUUGUCACCCAUCCCGGAGCAGCGCAAUGCUGUGCGGCGCUUUCCCGUAACAAGACCCACGAGGAAAGCCAUUUAAAACCAGUUUCCACCCCCGCCACCAAGUCAGAUUGAAGAAGAAAAUCGUAUCAUCUUGUGCAGCCGCGUGGAGCACCUUGGUCAUGGGUGCGCACCGACGGAGUUCCGCGCGUUUCGGAUCUGUCCUGUCACUGUGCGGAUGUUUGGCCUUGCUGUGCGGGGUGGCGGUGCCUCGAGUGGAGGCCGGCUGCAGGGAACGGGACAGCCCCAACUGUUGCACCGGGCGGAACAACGACUGCUUCGAGUACACGCGGAGGAAGACGGUGUGCUACUGCGACACGUACUGUCAGAAGACCGGAGACUGCUGCGACGACUACCAGAGUGUGUGCCUAAUAUCUGCAGCCAUCGACUGCACGGUGGGCUCCUGGGGUCCCUGGUCACCGUGUACGUCUCCGUGCGGGGUGGGAAGCACGGAAAGGAGUCGCCAAGUGUCUGUCCCGCCUCGAAACGGGGGGACGCCUUGCCCGGACCUCAAACAGCGCCGCGGCUGCUUCGGAAACAACCAAAUAUGCAGUUCGGCAAAAGACGUGGCGAAGAUCCUUCCGGAUUCCUUCAAGAGGAACUUUAAGGAUCCUUGGAGGAGGCCUCACAUGCUAGUGAAGGAGGAGAAGGCCAGCUAUUGUGUGUAUUUGAGGGUGAAACAAGCGAGUGCGGCUUGCAAACUGAAACUGUGGAGUGCCCAGCUGGUGAGAGAGAGGCUGGUUUGCGCAGAGUGCCAGAGUGACGCCAUGUCCAAGUCAGAGCGAUGUGGAGGAGACGGCCUGGAGGGCACCAGAACCUUCUGGUCCGCAGCUUCCGCCGUAGGCUGCCACGGGUCAUGGGUGCGAGAGUCGUCGUCCCAAGUCUGCCGAUGCCCCCCUUACUCUGUCCUCUUUGUGUGAGCGCCACACGUCCACGUGGAAGGAGCGACCACAUUGUCCUCGACAGCUCCUGCAAAAAGUCCCGGAUGGGUUUACUCAAGGAGAUCAGCAGCAUCCUGCCACUUUUUUUUUUUAAUUUUUUUUAUUUUAAAUCAUCCACCUCAUAUUCUGUACUGUAUGGCUUACUCCACACGCAGCUAACCUUGCAAAUAACAUUCAAAAUUGUACCGCCACCUAUUUUUUCUUCUCCAAAGCACAGCAACCACUGUAUAUUUUCACCUCCCUGCUAUCUACCUCCAUAAAUGCAAGUGCGUUUUAAUAAUGCGUCAUGUAUAAAUAUGCAGAAAUAUAUGAUUUAGCUUUAUACAUUUUCUACUCUCGAUCGCCAUGUGUUGUUUUUUUUGUUUUUUUUUUGUAUCGACGUGAUUUUACACCAAACGGCAGCGACUGCGCUAACAUUAAGACCCCAUUGGCUGCUUCUGUGCCCAACGUUACAGUGGAACCUCUAAAACAAGUCAGAACCGGCAAAGGGAGAGCGAUCGGAGAACAGCGUCUGAUUUCUGGUCAACAUAAUGAUGACAAAAAAAAAAAGAAGUGUGGAGUCAACUGUGUUUUCUUUUGACUCAGCUCCCAGGUGCACAAUCGUCGCCAUGUCUUCUCAUUGGCCAUCAAGGGUGAGUACACCUUUUAUUGUUUAAUUUGAACUUCUUUUGACAAAAACCGUAGCGAUUAUGCUUUGAAUCUCGAUAUCAACACCGCUCAAAGCGCAUAGAGGUUCCACUGUAUUUCUAUUCACCUAAAAGCAAAAAAAAAAAAAAAAAAAAAAUCAGGAAUGAGCAGCAAUUUCUCAGGUGUUUCGAUAUUGUUUCCUGAUCCUUUACACGACCUUUCCGGCGGCCGCGGCAGCCUCAUUUACCCAAAAUGUCAUUUGUGAAGCUCCUACGCCGGCCGGGCCCAGCUGUCAGCGGCUCAAUAAAUGUUCGAAGAGUGGGUUAGUUAGUUUUACAAGAGUGCUAGUCGGAUGAUGCGGCUGAAUAAAUAAUCACUCCGUCCCACUAUUGACAGACAGCCUGGAUUCCUCAUGAUGUACUGGCAGGUUUUGUUGCCGGGCAACCAUGGCACUCACCGCUUUCCCUUUCGUUCCACCCCAUUGCGUUUUCUUUUUUUAAUUGAUGACACUUAAAGGUCAGACACAGCACUUCUUCUCUAUACUUGUGGGGUUUUGUGUUUGUGCGUGUGUGUGUGUUUUCUUUUCCUUGGAAGAAAUAGCAGAUUAACAUAACAUUCCUGACUUGAACAACACACGUCAUUCAAGCGCAGGAAUUCCAAAUACCACACGUACGCACACACACACACAUACUCGGGCACCUACACACAUACCAGAAAGUUCCUUCAAGUGGAAAACUGUGAUUUGUUGUUCUCUCGCUACAUAUUUGUGUAUUUCUUUAUUUAUUAUAAAACAAUGACUUUGUUAGCGCAGCGCAGAAAUCCUUUGUUCCCUGACCAUUAGUGAAAAUAAACAAAUAUAACUGUCAUAUAUUUUGUUGUUGUUUUGGCAUAGAAACACUUCUGCGAGUUAUUUUUCCAGAGUGAAUGAACGUUUUCGGUUUAAAGGGACCUUGUCUGCUUGUUUUUGCUCGGUCAUCCACUUGAACUUCACCUCCUUCAGUAAUCUUUACCUGACAACUACACAAUUGGCCUCAGUCAGCACAACUCUUCUCUCUUUUUGCACCAGCACCCUCAGCCCCCCCCCCCCCCCCCUUUCCCCUGAGCCACUACUGCUAACCCGCCUUCCAAAGGGCAGGAAGGCCCAUCUCUGGCUCGUUGCCUGAUGGGCUCCGACAACAGUGUGUUCUGGGAUUAGGCAGCGUGAAAGGGGGGCAUUCCAGUACCAGUGGCCUUUGUGACACUGUUUGGUUUUGACAAGACAGCUGUUCAAAGGCCUCUUGACCCCCCGUGCACGGUGUGAAGGGAAAGCAUUCAGGGGUGACUUCCGUUUAUUGUUUUUGUUGGUGGUGGUUGUGCCAUGACAGUAGUCACCACCUGUAUUUGCAUCACCUCUUUCUCGCCAUCCUCUUCUACCCAUCUGUCCAUCUUUGUGCGUGUUUUUGUAAUAUUUUGAUGAAUACUGUAUUGUAAUAUAACAAUAUACAACUAAUUUUGCAUGAGUGCAGUAUUACUACAGCUGCCAUAUUUUGUAUUGUGCUGACUUUAAUUGUCAUUGUCCGGAUUAAACAGCCCAGUGGGAAGUCAA